UGCUCGGAGCCCGCCCCGCUGCCCGCCGCCGCCUGUCCCUGCUCGGCAGCCGUAGCGGCGCGGGGCCGGCGGCAUGUUCCGCAUCGAGGGGCUGGGGCCCAAGAUGGACCCGGAGGAGCUGCGGCGGAAGAUGCGCCGCGACGUCCUCGCCUCCGUGCGCAACUUCCUCAUCUACGUGGCGCUGCUGCGGAUCACUCCUGUCAUCCUGAAGAAGCUGGACAGUGUAUGAACGGCGUACGAGGCGCAAAGAAGACGCGGCUUCUGCAGACGUGAAAUGAACUGUAGCUGCUUUCCCUUUCUUGUUAAUUAAACGCUGUGCGAGAGACAGGCAUGCAGUCCUAAAUGGUGUUAAAAAUGGACAUUGAAGCAUAUCUGACCUGAAAAGUGAUAGCUUGGUUGGGAGUGUGGGGAAGAUGUCUGUUUUUCCUGCAGCUGACUUCUGGUCGCAGAGUACUCUGUACUACAGGAAGCAGUAUGUUAUGAUGGAAUACUUCUGGUACUGUUUAAACAACAACAACAAAAACCCACCUCCAUCUUCUUUUUGUAUAAAGUGCCAGGACGUUGCUUUGUUAUGCAUCUGCCUCUAAAUUGCCACAUAGCUGUUAAUAUUACUGAACCUGUCUGUAUGAGAAAUCAGGUUGUUAAUGAAUCCAAUUCAGAAAGUUGAUUUAAAAUAAAUGGAAGAGCAGUCCUAUCAAUUAAUGAA